AUGCAUACCAGCGAGCACGACUACCUCUUCAAGCUCCUCAUCGGCGACUCCGGUGUCGGCAAGCCCGAAGGCCACUCGACGUGUCAAGCCCCGCCGUUCGUCAAGAUCAUUUCACACGUCGCCUCCGACAAACGGUCAGAAGUGUCCGCAACGGUCCGCUCAGCCCCGGCCCGGACGACCGCGACCGUCGACGUCGAGAUGAAACGCAGCAAUGUCGGCGGCAUCAGUAGUGCUAGCAGCAUCCGGCUCUGGUGGCUGACCUUCUCCUAUCCCUUCCUCUCGCCUAUCCCCUUCCGUCAGCAACCAACGCCACACUCGUCCAAGGUGUGUCAGCCUGAAGCGCGAAAUUACCCGCCGUCGCCCGCGCCCGCGCUGCCGAAGGACAAGGACCGGCCGCACCACGCGAGGAGCGCGAGUCCAGUCAGGCAGGAGCACGAGAUCGUGCUGCAGCAAGCAGGUGGGACGCCACCAGGAGUGGGGCCUACUGCAAUGGUCAGUUGGCUCCAUUAA